UUUGCCCCUAAAAACCCAGCCCCGACCCGGCCCGCCCGCCGCCCGGGGCAGGGCCGGAGGAGCGGCUCGGCCGGCCGGCCGGGCCGGGGACUCUUACGGCGGCGGAGGGCGGCCGGGGGUCCGCGCUGCCCGGGCCCCGCCGCCGCCGCCGUAAGAGUCCCUGGCCCCGCGCCCGGGCCGCCGCGCGCCUUCCUCCCAGCUCGGCUGCAGCCGCCGGCCUCGCCCGCGAUGCUGUCACUCCCAGUCCUCCGCGCGGGCUUCCUGGCCAGGAGAGGCGUCCUGGGCCUUGCCGCCGUCCGAGCAACACACAGCCAUGGCAAGUCUGUUGCCAUCCAAGAGAACAUGUCGGUGCCCCAUUACAUUGAGAAGCGCAACUACCCGCUGCCUGAUGUCCCGUACCGCAGGGACCUGAGUGUGGACGAGAAGGCGCUGAUGGAGAAGCAGAAGGGCUCCUGGAAGGAGCUGAGCAAUGAGGAGAAACUGGCCCUCUAUCGCAUCAAGUUCUGCCAGACCUAUGUUGAGAUGAACCGGCCAUCCAACGAGUGGAAGACCAUCCUCGGAGUCACCUUCAUGUUCCUCGGCUUCACAGGACUCAUCUUGGCAUGGCAACGGUACUAUGUGAUACCCAACAAGCCGCACACUCUGUCGGACGAGUGGAAGGCCAAGCAGCUCAAGAGGAUGCUGGACAUGCGCACGAACCCCGUGGAGGGCCUCGCCUCCCAGUGGGACUACGACAAGAAUGAGUGGAAAAAGUAGGGGGGCCCUUCUCUGCCCUGCCAGCUGCCCCCGCAGGAUGUGCCUGCCACUGCCCUGCCCUGCCCGAGAAGGACGUGCCCGCCAGAGGCCAGCGCCAGGCCGGGGCAGAGGCUGUAUUGCCAGCCCCUGGCUCGGCCCCUGCCCUGCUAAACCGUCUCUCUGGUGCCUUCAUCCACGUGCCUUGUCCUGCGUGGGGUGGGAGCUGGCCCAGGUGCUGGCCUGCCCCAUGGGGGCUGUCCCGGGCCCUGCCCUUCUCUGCUUCCUGAUUAGCACCAGUUUCAAGGGCACACCAGGCAGCUGGCACCUGAUUGUGCAGAAUAAAUCACUACGGUUGACCCCA